CGGGCCGGGAGUGCCUGGCGGCGGGUCCUCAGCUCCUAGCCGAGGUGCGGCGAGCCGGUGGGGGGACCGCGAGGCGAGCGCGGGAGCCGGGGCGGCGAGCGGGGUGUGAGCUGCCCGAAAAUGCACUCGGAUGCCGCCGCUGUCAACUUUCAGCUGAACUCUCAUCUCUCAACACUGGCAAAUAUUCAUAAGAUCUACCACACCCUUAACAAGCUAAACCUAACAGAAGACGUUGGCCAAGACGAUCACCAAACAGGAAGUCUGCGGUCUUGCAGUUCUUCGGACUGCUUUAGUAAAGUGAUGCCGCCGAGGAAAAAGAGAAGACCUGCCUCUGGAGAUGAUUUAUCUGCCAAGAAAAGUAGACACGAUAGCAUGUAUAGAAAAUAUGAUUCAACUAGAAUAAAGACUGAAGAAGAAGCCUUUUCAAGUAAGAGGUGCUUAGAAUGGUUUUAUGAAUAUGCAGGUACUGAUGAUGUUGUAGGUCCUGAAGGCAUGGAGAAAUUUUGUGAAGACAUUGGUGUUGAACCAGAAAAUGUAGUUAUGCUUGUCCUAGCUUGGAAAUUGGAUGCACAAAACAUGGGCUAUUUUACUCUACAGGAAUGGUUAAAAGGAAUGACCUCUCUGCAAUGUGAUACAACAGAAAAACUCAGAAAUACCCUGGAUUACUUAAGAUCAUUAUUAAAUGAUUCUACAAACUUUAAACUUAUUUACAGAUACGCGUUUGACUUUGCUCGGGAAAAGGACCAGCGCAGCCUAGACAUAAACACUGCCAAGUGCAUGUUGGGACUGUUAUUAGGAAAAAUCUGGCCCCUUUUUCCAGUUUUUCACCAAUUCUUAGAGCAAUCAAAAUAUAAAGUGAUUAACAAAGACCAGUGGUGCAACGUGCUAGAGUUUAGCCGAACAAUUAACCUUGACCUCAGCAACUACGACGAAGACGGAGCGUGGCCAGUUUUGUUGGACGAGUUUGUGGAGUGGUAUAAAGACAAGCAGAUGUCCUAGGACUUUAUGCAUAGCAGCGAGAGAGUCACUGUUACCACAGUUCUGUCAACCAUUAGCCAUAAAUUGCUGUUUGUAUCCAAGCGCAUGCUGCUUUUCUUGCACUGUCUCCGUUUGGCAGGGACGUGUUGGUGUUUGCCAUGAAUGGGCCAGCUCUGCUUGCUGUGUAGCAUUGUUCUCUUGGAAGGCUGCUUUGCAGUUUGUAUUUACACUACAGAUUGGUGAAUUUGCCAACGUCCUCACUGUGAUGAUGUGUAUAUUGCUGUUUAAAUUUUGUAUAUGUGUAUAAAAAGAAAAAGCUUCACCUAGAGAUUAUUUCUGCAAAAAUGUAUUGUAAAAUAAUCUUUGUGGCAUAUUUCUAGUCCCUUUUUUCAAAUGAACCAGUUAUACUUUUAUUUGGUCUCAAAUGUAGCAUUUCAGAAGACAAGACAGAACAGCGGUUACCAUAUGCAGGUGUUGCCAGAAUUCACCUUGUUGUUUAAGAGGCCAACUUGUGGAAGGAGGUGGGAGUCAUAACUUUUCAGAGGCAUAUGCCAAAAGUAACUUGGUUUACCUAAAUGUUAGCAUUUUUAAAUGAUGAAAGUUAGAAUAAUCGAACCAUAUAGACACAUGCCACACCACCAAUCAUUUCCGCCACGCAGGGUAUAGGUUUUGAUUUUCUAAUGUUAAACCUGUCAUAGUUUGAAUAUAGGUACAGAUGAACAAAUUGAAGUUGCACCUCCCCCCCUCCCCCCUC